AUGACUUCCUUCCAUGACAAAGUGGUUGCCAUCACCGGCGGCGCCUCAGGAAUUGGCCUCGCCACGGCGAAGAUACUCGCAUCACGGGGUGCAACGGUCUCUCUGGCCGACAUCAACCAAGGUGGUCUUGACAGUGCUGUCAGAGCCCUUUCUGCGGUUGGCGGAGGCAAUCAUUCGGGUACUGUGGUUGAUGUGGGUGACAGCAAGGCUGUGACUGAUUGGAUCCAAAGGACCGUAUCAGAUCAUGGCAAGCUCGAUGGUGCGGUGAAUCUCGCAGGUAUGGUCCGUGUGCAGCGGCCCCUCAAGGAUGAAACAGACGAGGCAUGGGCAAGAACCAUGCAUAUCAAUGCCGAUGGAGUGUUCUACUGUCUGCGCGCUGAAUUGAACGUGAUGAAGGAUGGUGGGAGUAUCGUCAGUGCUAGUAGCGUUGCCAGUCACCUUGGGAUGGCUGGGCUGGGAGCCUAUUGUGCCAGCAAGGCUGCAGUAAAUCUUUUGACAAAGACAGCAGCCCGCGAACAUCCCAACCUCAGAGUCAAUGCCAUAUCACCAGGGGCAACUGCAACACCUAUGGUUGCAGCCAUGGAGGCAGAAAUGGGGCACAGUCAACCAACAGUGGCAGCUUGCAUUAAUCGACAGGCAGACCCGAGUGAGAUUGCACAGGCUAUCGUAUUCCUGCUAAGUCCCGAGGCAUCAUUUAUCACAGGGAGCGUAAUGGAUGUCGACGGAGGUUAUCUGGCGUAG